AGUAAGUGAAACAAAAAAUUUGCUCCACUCCACCGCAGUCCUAAUCUGCUGCUUGACUCACUCUGCAGGAGUCCCAUCCUACAGCGACCAUGACGCUGAUGCAGGCUCCGGGCUCCAGACUUGGGCAGAUCUGCGUGCUGCUGCUCAUCUUCACAGUGCUGCUGCAGGCUUUCGGGAUGGCCGUGUUUUACAUGUAUCUCAACAAGGAGCUGAAGCAGAUGCAGGGCAAAUACUUCAAAAGUAGCUUGGCUUGCUUCUUGGAGGAAGCUGACAGUUCCUGGGACUCCAGCGAUGAUGAGAGUAUGAUCAAUCCCUGCUGGGAACUAAAGUCACAGCUCCAUCUGUUUGUUAAAAAGAUGAUUUUGAGAACCUUUGAGGAAAUGAUUCCUACAAAUCCAGAAAAACAAUAUGAUCCUUACCUAGAGAGAGGAAAUGGUCCUAAGAGGGUAGCUGCUCAUAUAACUGGAAACACUCGGAAAAGAAGCACGUUGCCAGUUCUAGGCUCCAAGAAUGAAAAAGCUGUGGGCCAUAAAAUAGUUUACUGGGAGUCGUCAAGAAAAGGACAUUCGUUCUUGAAUAAAUUGAUCUUAAGGAAUGGAGAGCUGGUUAUCCAAUACACAGGAUUUUAUUACAUCUAUUCCCAAACAUACUUUCGAUUUCAGGAACAUGAGGAAGGUUUGGGAACUGUCUCAACAGAAGAGAACAGAAAAAAAAUCAAACAAAUGGUACAAUAUAUUUACAAAUACACAAGCUAUCCUGACCCUAUACUGCUGAUGAAAAGUGCUAGAAAUAGUUGUUGGUCUAAAGAUUCAGAAUAUGGACUCUAUUCCAUCUAUCAAGGAGGAAUAUUUGAGCUUAAGGAAAAUGAUCGAAUUUUUGUCUCUGUAACUAAUGAGCGAUUGAUUGACCUGGACCAAGAAGCCAGUUUUUUCGGAGCCUUUUUAAUUGGCUAAAGGAUCUAUAAAGAAAAAACAGUGCCCCCAGAGUGACCUUUCACUUUUCCAUACUUCAGAAAUGUGGUGAAAAUAAGGCAGCCUGAGCAGAACAACUUCAACCAAAAGAUCUACAACACAAGCUUUUUGGGUAUCCUGGAUUCUCUACCACUUAGCUAACUGGGAAGCCGCCUCUGGGGCAUCCCACCUUACCACCAGAAAUCUAGAAGAUUUUCAAUUUAGAAACAUUUGUGUGGCAAUUAACAUCUCUGCUUCUUUACCAUCUACUCUUGUGAAGAUACCAGAAGACUGAAAGGUCAUGGUCAUUGUAUGCAGGAUGCAAAGGGAGUGGCAUACUGUCAGACCCUGUGGUAGCUGUCCUGGACUCUCAACUUGGAAAUAAGAAAAUCCCGUUGUAUUUCUCCAUUGUCUGUUAUAACUUCUCCUUUUUUAUUUCUAAUUUUAUUUAGAUGUGAGUCUUAUUUAAUUUUAUUUGAUCUGAGUCUUCUCCCUUUUUGUCUUGAUGAGUCUAAGUAAUGAUUUGCCAAUUUUGUUUCUCUUCCCCAAAACCAGCUUUUAGUUUUAUUGGUUUUGCUAUUGUUUCCUUCAUUUCUUAUUUCUUCUCUGAUCUUUAUGAUUUAUUUCCUUCCACUAACUUUGGGUGUUUAUUUGUUCUUCUUUUUCUAGUUGCUUUAGGUGUAAGGUUGGGUUGUUUGCUUGAUGUUUUUCUCAUUUGUUUUUUACAGUUUGAGUUUUUCACAGUUUUUUUUUCCUGUAAUUGAUAUUUAAUCAUAUAUAAGCAUCUCACACAGCUCAAUAUCAGAAAAACAAACAACCCAAUAAAAAAUUAGGCUGAGGACCUAAACAGACAUUUCUCCAAAGAAGACACAGAGAUAGCCAAUAAACACAAGAAAAGAUGUUCAACAUCAUUCAUUAUUAGAGAAAUGCAAAUCAAAACAACCAUGAGGUACCACCUCACUCCAAUCAGAAUAGCCAUCAUCAAAAAAUCUACAAACAGUAAAUGCUAGAGAGGAUGUGGAGAAAAGGGAAUCCUCCUACACUGUUGGUAGGAAUAUAAAUUGAUAAGCCAUUAUGGAGAACAUUAUGGAGGUUCCUUUAAAAACUAGGAAUAAAUCUACCAUAUGACCCAGCAAUCCCACUACCGGGAAUAUACCCUGAGAAAACCACAAUUGACAUCUACCCCAAUGUUCAUUGCAGCACUAAUUUACAAUAUCCAGGACAUGGAAGCAACCUAGAUGUCCUUUGACAGAUGAAUGGAUGAAGAAGAUGUAUAUAGAUAUACAAUGGAAUAUUACUCAGCCAUAAAAAGGAACUAGUCUUAGUCAAUGGUAGUGAGGUGGAUGAACCUGGAGUCUGUUAUACAGAGUGAAGUAAGUCAGAAAGACAAAAACAAGUAUUAUACAUUAGCGCAUAUAUAUGGAAUCUAACCUGGAGAAAAAAAAUGGCAACCCACUGCAGUAUUCUUGCCUGAGAAAUCUUAUAGACAGAGGAGCCUGGCAGGCCACGGUCCCUGAGAUUGUAAAGAGCUAGAUACGACUGAGUGACUGAACAGCAUGGGAUCUAGAAGAAGAGUACUAAUGAACCUAUUUACAGAGAAGAAAUGGAGGUGUAGUGUAGAGAAUGGACUUGUAGACACAGGAGGGGAAGGAGAGACUGGGACAAAUUGAGAAAGGAGCAUUAACAUUUAUAUACUAUCGUGUAAAUAGAUAACUAGUGAGAAGCUGCUAUGUAACACAAGGAGCCUAGCCUGACACUCUGUGAUGACCAAUAACAGUGGGAUUGGGGGAAGACGGAAGGGGUACAUAUAUAAUUAUGAAUAAUUGACACUGUUAUAAAGCAGAGACCAACGCAAGUUCACAGAGACUUCACAACACAAUUGUGAAGUAACUGCUGCUGCUGCUAAGUCACUCAGUCAUGUCCAACUCUGUGCGACCCCAUAGACGGCAGCCCACCAGGCUCCCCCAUCCCUGGGAUUCUCCAGGCAAGAACACUGGAGUGGGUUGCCAUUUCCUUCUCCAAUGCAUGAAAGUGAAAAGUGAAAGUGAAGUCGCUCAGUCGUGUCCAACUCUUAGCGACUCCGUGGGCCGCAGCCUACCAGGCUCCUCUGUCCAUGGGAUUUUCCAGGCAAGAGUACUGGAGUGGGGUGCCAUUGCCUUCUCCCUGUGAAGUAACUACCUUCCAAUAAAAAAGUAAUAAAAAUAUGUUACUUUUUCAAUAAAAAUGACUUUAAAAUAUGUA